AUGAGGAGGGGGGUGAGUGGACGUUGCCCCCCCCCCUUCCCCGUCUGCCCCGUUGCUCGCCCCGGCCCGGUCCCGUGUUGGGGCGGGUCGCGCGUUGUAGGGGGAGCAGCGGGGAGAUGUGCCGCUCGAGUGGGGACGGCCUUGCAGCGCUGCAUCCCUCGUGCUGGCUGCAGCUGGAGGUCGCAACACGGAGCAGCAGUUGCAGCCCCCGGCCAUGCAACGACCCCCCCGGGUUGGACGGGGCAGGAAAGCCUUGCAGACAGCGACCCCGAGGUGUGGGGGCUGGUGCAGAAGGAGAAGGACCGGCAAUGCAGGGGGCUGGAGCUGAUUGCAUCCGAGAACUUCUGCAGCCGUGCAGCUCUGGAAGCGUUGGGGUCCUGCCUUAAUAAUAAAUACUCAAGAGGGUACCCCCCCAAUAGAUACUAUGGGGGGGCUGAGGUUGUGGACCAGCUGGAGCUGCUGUGUGAGCAGCGGGCGUUGGACGCCUUCGACCUGGACCCCGAGCUGUGGGGUGUCAAUGUUCAGCCCUAUUCCGGCUCCCCCGCCAACUUCGCUGCCUACACCGCUGUGCUGCGGCCCCACGAGCGGCUCAUGGGGCUGGACCUGCCUGAUGGGGGCCACCUGACCCAUGGGUUCAUGACGGACAAGAAGAAGAUCUCUGCAACCUCUGUAUUCUUUGAGUCCAUGCCCUACAAGCUGGAUCCGCUCUCAGGUCUCAUCGAUUACCCCCAGCUGGAGGUGACCGCUCGGCUCUUCCGGCCCCGCAUCAUCAUCGCGGGCACCAGCGCCUACGCGCGGCUCAUUGACUAUGGGCGCAUCAAGAAGGUGUGUGAUGAGGUCCGUGCCUUCCUGCUGGCCGACAUGGCUCACAUCAGUGGGCUGGUGGCUGCCAAAGUCAUCCCGUCCCCCUUCGAGCACGCGGACCUGGUGACCAGCACCACCCACAAGACGCUGCGUGGGGCCAGGUCCGGGCUCAUCUUCUACCGUAAGGGCGUUCGCUGGGUUGACCGUCAGACGGGCCGACAGACCCUGUACGACCUGGAGGACAAGAUCAACUUCGCCGUGUUCCCGUCACUGCAGGGAGGGCCCCACAAUCACGCCAUCGCCGCCGUGGCCGUGGCUCUCAAACAGGUGUGGGGCCGCUAUGGGGCUUGUGGGUCAGGGCUCCGCUAUGGGGUGGGGGUCGCUCAGCCCCCCCCUCUAUUCACAGGGGGCACCGACAACCACCUGGUGCUGGUGGACCUGAGGCCCAAAGGAAUCGAUGGAGCCCGGGCUGAGCGUGUCCUGGAGCUGGUCUCUAUCACAGCCAAUAAAAACACCUGCCCCGGGGACCGCAGCGCCCUGACCCCCGGGGGGCUCAGACUGGGGACCCCCGCUCUGACAUCGCGUGGCUUCGGGGAGGAGGAUUUCCACAAGGUGGUGGAGUUCAUCGAUGAGGGCAUCGCUUUGGCCUUGGAUGUCAAGAGCAAAACCAGUAAGAAACCCCCCCAUGAACCCCCCUAA